AUGGGGAGUGAAUGGAAUAUAUCCAAUAUGCAUCUUCUCAAUGAAAUCCAUUCGCAGCAAAUUCAACAGGAAACUAACCUAUCCAUCAUCACAAACUUCAUUCUUCUUGGAUUUGGUGAUCUCCAAGAGCUACAGGUCCUCCUCUCUCUACUUUUCCUUGGAAUCUAUCUGAUUGCUAUGGUUGGAAAUCUUGUUAUCUUCAUCCUUGUUGUCACUGAUGUGCACCUCCACAUCCCGAUGUAUUUCUUUCUAGGGAAUCUGUCUUGCUUGGAGAUAUGCUACACAUCAACCAUCCUGCCCAGAUUGCUCUUCAGUCUUCUGGCUGGGGAUAAAACCAUUUCAGUUCAUGGCUGCAUUGCACAGUAUUUCUUCUUUGGUACCUUGGCAUCUGCAGAAUGUUAUCUCUUGGCUAUGAUGUCCUACGAUCGCUAUUUAGCUAUAUGCAAACCAUUGAGAUACGCAUCUCUCAUGAAUGGCAGGAUCUGCCUUGGACUGAUUACUGGGUCUUGGAUGAGUGGUCUGCUAAGUAACACCAUCAUAACAUCGCUGUUGUUGAAGCUGUCAUUUUGUGGUCCCAGUGAAAUUGAACAUUUCUUUUGUGACCUAGCCCCCAUGUUAAAGCUUUCCUGUUCAAAUACUAACCUGGUGGAACUUGUAAUUUUCAUCCUGGCCUUUAUGGACACUAUACCCCCAUUUCUUCUUACCCUGAUCUCAUAUGUAUAUAUCAUCAUCAAUAUCCUCCAAAUGAAGUCCACAACCUCCAGACAGAAGGCCUUCUCUACUUGUUCCUCUCAUCUCCUUGUAGUGACACUUUUCUAUGGAUCUCUGAUUUGUGUCUAUUUAAUUCCUGAAACAAACACCCUGAAGUGGCUUCAUAAAACCUUCUCCCUAAUUUAUACCAUCUUUACUCCCAUGUUCAACCCUAUGAUAUAUAGUAUGAGAAAUAAGGAGGUAAAAGUAGCCUUUUAUAGAACUGUCAGAAAAGUUGUCAGUGUGGUCCCGUUUCCUUAG